GUUAGUUUCAGGUGCGCACCAGUUAGUUUCAGGUGCGCACCAGUUAGUUUCAGGUGCGCACCAGUUAGUUUCAGGUGCGCACCAGUUAGUUUCAGAAGAUAUCACAUGGUUGACUUGCUUGCGCAUUGUGCACCAAGUAGCUACAGUUGUCUAGAGAAUGGCUGAAGUUGAGGAUAUGGACCUUGUAAACUUUAUGAAAACACGAAAUAUUACUGACAAUGUCAUCAAAAAGAUUGUGGAAGACAAGGUAAGCAACAUUACUGCUGUUAAUAUUUGCAAUAUGAUAAUUUCAGAUGCUCACGUCUCUUUCUCGCACAUGCUGUGUGCUUACCAUUUUUUAUUGUUUGUGUGUGUGUGUGUGUUGGUAUGUGUGUGUCGGGGGGGGGGUUGUUUUAGAUCGACAUUAAUGUGAUAAACGUCAUGACUGACCAGGACUUAACCAAAUAUAUUGAAAGAUAUGGAGAUCGGCUAGCCAUUAAAGCGUUCUGUCAGCAAAGAAGCGCCGCGCUGGAAAGGCCAGGAUCAAAGUCAUCGCUCAUGCAGCGAGUAAGAGACAAAAUUCAGGGAAACCGAAACCGAAACCAAACCUGCACUGGCAACAUGGCAGGCCGUCAUGCUGGAAACAAGCAUGCAACAAAAGACACUCGGCGGAUUGAAAUGGGAUGGCUACAUUUUUCUGACGGCAAUUAUCAUCAGGUCCGAACAAGGCAUGGAGGCGGAACUCGUCAUUUGAGUGUCCAGAAGACGGUCACUAUGGAGGAGCUGCUGGAAACAGGAAAGAACUUGUUUUUCUUAAACGGACACUCUUCCAAAGGCGAAGUGGGUGACUUCGAGUUUGACAUUCGUGAUUUCAGCCACAAGAUGGUUCCACUUGGAUGCACAGUAAAUGAGUUAUAUGAGCAGACCAAAAUAAAAAUGCUGCGAAUUUAUUUGUGCACUCGAGAAAAGGAAAAAGAGGAUUCUCCCACAGAUGUCAUUCUUUCGGACACAUCUUCGGAUUUCGAACCUUCUGAACCUUCUGAGGACAGAUCCGCAAAGAACAGAAGAAAACAGAUAAAAGCUGCAAGAAGCCACAUCAUCAGAAAAUCCGCCAAGAAGAGUGAAAGAGGCAAUCAGUUUGAUCCCAAAUCAUCAGAUUCUGAUACAUCACCCAGUGUCUUCACAAAGAAAAAUCAUGGACUAGGAGGAGAAUCAAGUAAGCAGUCAAGACCCCACUCUGAGUUGCACUACAUAGAGAUUCUCCAUUCACCUCCUCCAGAUGAUGAUGAUGGGAAUAAUUUACAUUUACCCACAAGCAACCAGGAAGUUGAAGAUGACUGCCCGAUCCUAGCUUUUCAUGAAGAGACAGAACAGUUAGUCGGUGAGCCUAAUCCUCAUCUUGCCCAGGCUAUCAAUGCAUCUCUUGAAGACUUUGAAAUACAGUUUGGACCUCACUCUGGCGACGAUGGAGCAAGUCUUGACUCCACUCUUCCCUGGAAUCCAGAUACUCUCGACACAAAUCAGCAUUCAACGUGGAGUGAAGGAGCUGCAUCAUCAAAUAUCGAUCAAGUGUUCCAAACCCCACCUGUAAUGGACAUCCGCUGUGUUUCAAUUAGGCGUAUCAAUGUAGUUCAGGAUCUCAUAGAUGUCUUUAUGGACCCAGAAGUCCUUAAUACAAAGCUAAAGAUGGAUUUGAACAAUGAAAAAGGUUUUGAUAGUGACGGUGUAUCCAGAGAAGUCUACUCUGCUUUCUGGGAGCUUUUCUUAGAACAAUGUGAGGGGGAGGAGGAACGAGUUCCCAGACUUCGACCAGACUUUACGCAAGAGCACUGGGAAGCUGUUGGAAGAGUUUGGUUGAAAGGAUAUCUGGACCAUGGCAUCAUACCAAUCCAGCUGUCACCAGCUUUUGUUCUUGCUUUCUGUCAAGGAGUCAGUUCAGUAGAUGAGGAACGUUUGAUGAUGUCCUUUAAUACAUUUAUUUCAGGGCCUGAGCGAAUGGCAGUUGAGAAAGCUCUCCAAAACAACAUGGAUGAAACUGUUGAAGAAGACCUGCUGGAUCUUUUUUCUAGAAUGGGCUCACACUGUCUGCCCUCAGGAGACCAUUUACGGGCCUCUCUUUUAACAAUGGCACAUAAAGUAUUGCUUCAAGAGCCAAAGUUUAUAAUAGACUGUUUCCACUCCAUCAUCCACAAUGUGGUUCCACCUCUGACUGAAAAAGACAUCAUGAACCUUUAUGAGUCUAAAAAGCCAACAAACAAAAAAGUGGCCCAAACAAUAAAGCCAACAGUUGAAAACCUUGAUCCACAGCAGCAGUCAGCCUUUAACCAUCUGGUAAGGUAUGUGAGAAGUGCUGAACAAAAAAAACUGGAGAAAUUCUUGCGCUUCUGCACAGGGUCCACAGUUCUUUGCCAGGACAAAAUCGAAGUAACCUUUAAUAGGCUGUCUGGUUUAAGUCGAAGAUUAGUGGCGCACACCUGCGGUGCCGUCCUUGAAUUACCAUGUACAUAUAGUUCAUACCCAGAGUUUCGAGCAGAGCUGGACAACACUCUGUCAGGUGACUGCUACACAAUGGAUAUUCUGUAAUAGACCAGUGAAUCAGUGCUUUUUUUUCCUGUCUUUUUCCUGUCUCUUUAGUUUUUGGGCUUUUGCUUAUGGCACCAAUUCCUUUCUAAAAAUUUAGCAGUAAACUCAAGAACUAUUUGUUGUAUUUACUUCAACAUUUUAUUUUUUUAUCAGUCUGAAUUUGGUGUAAAUGUCCGAAUUUAGAGCUCCGUCUCCCCCUCUGGUCACCAGCUGGAACCAUCUCAGGAGUUCUAACCACAAUUCCUGUAUAGUGCACACCUUACUUUCAUUCACUCAGCCACAGCAUACUUGAGCUCUGUACUGAACUUACCACAAAGUAUUGUUUGUGCCACACUGUCUUCCUUAUCAUAUCUUGUAUCUGGACCUGAUUUUCUGUCUUCUGACCCAGACUCUGGUUGCCUGCCUGGACCCUUGCCGCCACUAUUUUGAACAUACCGUCUCUCCUCGGAUGAACUUAUGCCUUUUAUUGAUUGGCUGACUGAUUAAAGUAAUUUAGGUUUGUGGACUUUCAGCUGAGCUAAUAAACCUGCUGCAUUUGGAUACAGCCGUCUGCCUGAUCUUGUGACAGUGGCGAAGUAUUCAGUCACAAGAACAGGCA